ACGGAAUCUGAUUGGUCGUCAUUGCACUGGGAGCUGUUGACUGUACAAUGAGUGUGCAUUUUACUACUUUUUUACCCGAUAAUGAAAAAGUGAAAUAGUGGACAUUUUGGUGCUGUAAAGGAAGUGUCUUCAACUGUUGAAAUAGCGCAUAUUACUCAGGAUACAAAGGCUUUAAUGGGGGGAGUUUCUGCGUUGACGUGCCGUGCAAUGGCCCCAUGGCGUCGCUGACGGCGCAGCUGUCAUAUUCAAAGCUGCCCAACGUUAAAGGCGACUUUAUUUCCUUUAUGCUUUGGCGGUAGUACCGUAGUAAGGAACGUAGUAUAAACACAACAUACAUAUGUCACGAUAAAGCAUGGACGGGUGGAGCCCAAUCGUUGCAUCAGCCUCGGAUAACGACCGCUCCAGCUCCGAGGGGGAGUACAUGGUGGAGCCUGGACCCGAAGACGAAACCCGGGAGGUGUUGGACAGAGAGCAGCGGGCUAGCCUGGAGAGGAUGGACCCGGGUGGCACCGCUGCUGUGGGGUUCGGGAUAAGUGGGACCGGCGAGGGCAAAGUGGUGUUGGGUCGAGUCGGACAGAGAGACGACAAAGAACUCCGGUACCUGCACUUGUUAUGGGAGCCGGGGCGAAGUGAGCUGGGUGGAACCGCUGGGGUGACGAGCAAGAUGGGGAAGGUGACGGGGAGCAGGGCCAGGCGGCACCACAGAGUUGUCCGGAACCUCGGUCCUAUGGGUAAAGACAUUUAUGCUGUGAAAAGACUGAGGGAAGCAGCAAACAGCAAUGACAUCGACACAGUUCGAAAGCUCCUGCAAGAUGACAUAGACCCCUGUGCAGCAGAUGACAAGGGAAGGACAGCCCUCCAUUUCUCUUCCUGCAAUGGCAACGAGAGCAUUGUGCAAUUAUUGCUGAGCCACGGCGCUGACCCCAACCAGCGAGACAGUCUGGGGAAUACCCCCCUCCAUCUGGCGGCCUGUACCAACCAUGUGCCUGUAAUCACCACUUUGCUGAGAGGAGGAGCCCGCGUGGACGCCCUCGACCGAGCAGGCAGGACCCCUCUGCAUCUAGCACGCUCCAAGCUUAAUAUUCUGCAGGAGGGAGAUUCACGCAGCUUAGAAACCCUGAGAGGGGAAGUCACACAGAUCAUUCAAAUGCUGAGGGAAUACCUGAACUUAAUGGGCCAGAGUGAAGCGAAAGAGAGGCUGGAGCACAUUUCGACCCAGCUGCAGCACACGUGCACCAAAGAGCAGGUGGAUGAGGUGACCGAUUUAUUGGCCAGUUUUACAUCACUCAGUCUACAGAAACAGAAUUUGGGAGAUAGGUAGAA